GGCGGGCAUGGAGCGCUGGCAGGGGCGGGUGGCGCUGGUGACGGGCGCCUCGGUGGGCAUCGGGGCGGCGGUGGCGCGGGCGCUGGUCCAGCAGGGCAUGAAGGUGGUGGGCUGCGCCCGGAGCGUGGACAAGAUCGAGAAAUUGGCUGCGGAGUGCCAGAGUGCCGGGUUUCCGGGCACGCUCAUUCCAUACAAGUGCGACCUCUCCGUUGAAGAGGAGAUCCUGUCCAUGUUCUCUGCCAUCAAGACGCUCCACCAAGGGGUUGACAUCUGUAUCAACAACGCUGGGCUGGCUCUGCCGGAGCCCUUGUUAUCCGGCAAGACGGAAGGCUGGAGAACAAUGCUGGAUUACAGCGGUUCUCAACCCUGGGGUCGAGCGGUCCUUUCACAGGAAUUGCAUACAAGACUCCUCGUGCCCUUCCUGGGGAGCUUAGAGCAAAACAUGGGGAGCUCUCCCUUCCCGUUUGACCAACCCUCAUCUCCGCUGUGA